CAAUUUCAUCGCUGGGGCUUUUUAAUGCAAAUGUAUUUUAUCUUAAAGGAAUGUUUUGAAUGGCCCCUUCGGAGUUUCUAAAAGGUGGGAAAAUAAUGUUAUUGGUUAAAAUGGCAUGUCCAUGUUUUUGUAAAUAAAAGCCUAUUUUUUUAAACUCAACAAAAAUGGAUUUCGCAAAAAAGCAACUUGAAAAAUACGGGUGGACUGACGGCAAGGGUUUGGGAAAAAACGAGGAUGGUAUUAACUCUGCCCUAAAACCAAAAUUAAAGUUCGAUAACACAGGUCUUGGUCAUGAUCGAGGUAAAGAGUUCACAAAUAAGUGGUGGGAAAAUGUAUACAAUGCAGCUUCGAGUAAUUUUGACGUUCACAAGGAGAAUGAUAAGGUUAGCGUCAAAGAAAAAAAGAGGGCAAACAUUGAUCAAUAUUUGCCACUGGGUAAAUCAACAAACUACAAAAAUUUAGAGAGUUCAUUUUUGAAAACUGCAAAGUUAACUGAAACUGGCAUGGAAACUUACGAUGUGCAGCCUGUAGAAUCUCUUCCUAAACCCAAGGCCUUUGAACUUACAGAUGAUCAAUUGUUUAAAGCAUGUGGGGGCAGAACUGCACACAAAGGUGCCAGGCAUGGCCUCACCUUAAGCGGAAAACUCUCCCGCAUCGAAAAACAAGAAGAGAUGCUUUUAAGAAAACUAAAAAAAGUAUCCCUCACAGACGAGGGCGAAAUAACGAAGAAAAAACUGACGAAACUCAAAAAGAAAAAGGAGGAAACCCUCACAAAAGAACCUACAGAAGUUGAAAUGGAGGCAACAACCUCAAAGAAAAAACACAAAAAAAGAAAAUCAGUCACGUUUAACGAAAACAUAACGAAGAUUUACACGAUAGAACCCGAAACAAGUUUUGAUAGUGAGGUUAGUUCUCAUAGGGACGAAAAUAGCAAUGAACCCAAUGUGGAAAUGUCAAACGGUUCCGAUGAAGGAAUAGAACAGGAUGUAGAAAACAAUAACAAUGAUCAGAACGACGAUCAUAGAAGUUUUGAAUUGGCUCAAUUUAACUACAACGAUUUAUCGAAAGCUGAAAGAAAGAAGUUAAAGAAAAAACGCAAGUUGGAAGCCAAAACAGAAACAUCGACGAGCCUUUUCAUCGAGGAAGCCCUCACAAAUGAGGAGGAAAAGGAAUCGGCACACAAAAAACGCAAGUGCGAGUUCGAGGACAAGGACAAAGGAUUGAAAAGAAGCCAAUCUGUCACUGAUUUUCCUGAAAGAACCAAAAACAAGAAGAACAAGAAAAAAAGGAAAAAAGAAAGGGAAUCGUGCGAAACCAAGGAAAAAAAGGCGUUUCGUUCACUCACAAAAUCAAUGACUAAAGCAUGUCGUAUUUCAGAUGAUGAGUAGUUGUCUAAAUUUAGUAAGUACAAAUUCGAUUACUAUUCUUGUAUUUAUAUAAAUUAAUGUAUAUUUACAUUAUACAUUACAUGUUUUUGUUUGUUACUUUUUAUAGCCCUAUGACUUAGUGUAUGAAAGGUCUACUUUUUUUUUAAUAAAAAUUUUUGUCCUUCAUUUGUAAUGAAGAGGAUUUUUUUGUUUCAUAAAUUGAAAAACAAGCAAGGUUGAUGCAAAAUCAAACAUAUUAUAAUAAUAAAUAGAUCGGAUAGUAAAAUUAAACUAAUUAACAAGACUGUUAUUAAAAUGCUUUUUUCAAUAUUCUUUAAAAAUUAAUGCAAAACAACACAACAUUGAGCUUUGUUGUAUUAAAAUUAAAAUAAAAAUGUUUAAAUGCAUAUAAUAAGGUUUUGUGCAUUGUUGCACAAAAUAAAAACUAUAAAAAGUUUCAUGAUUGUGAUAGUUCUAAAAAAGCUAUGUAUAAAAUAAAUGUUGAUGUAUUCUGAAUGAUUUUUAAGUUAAUAA